GCGUCGGGGCAAUUAUCCUUUUCGCUCGGCCUCACGGGCCCUUGCGUGACACUGGACACAGCCUGUUCGUCCUGGCUCGUCGCAGCGCACCUGGCCCGUGCCGCUGUGUUUCGAAGCGAGUGCUCUCUGGCGACGGCCGCCGGCGCCGGCAUCCUCGGAGCCGCGUGCGGUCGCUCGUUUUCCCUCCAGGGCAUGCUCUCGGAACGCGGUCGUUGCCACACCUACGACAGCCGGGCGGAUGGAUACUGCCGGGGCGAGGGGUGCGUUGUGGUCGUACUAUGA